AUGGCGUGUCGUUGGUUGAAAGGUUACAGUAAACAAAAUAAACAAUGCCAAAAUAGGAGAGGUUUCUCCAAAGUCCUGCAAAAGGCGAGGAAAUUGGCUGUAGAUCAUUGCGAGGAGCAAUUUAGAUACGACCGUUGGAAUUGCUCGUAUAAGAAAUCGAUGUUUCAAAGAGUUUUCAGGGAGACUGCAUUCAUGUAUGCUUUAUCCGCUUCAGCUGUGAUGUUCACCACAGCUCAAGCAUGCAGCGAAGGUGUUUUGCAGAAAUGCUACUGCGCUGAACAAGCUAGACACCAAAGGAAAGACAAUUGGCAAUGGGGUGGCUGCGGGGAUAACACCAAAAAAGCCAGGAAAAUAGCCAAAAGGUUUCUUAAUCUGCAGUACGAAGACAGAGCUUCAGAUGUGUUGAACCAUAACACUAACGUCGGUUUCAAUGCUGUUAAAGAAAGCGAAAAGAAAAUUUGCGUUUGCCAUGGAGUUUCCGGUUCUUGCGUUCUGAAGACUUGCUGGAAGGAAGUACGCGAUUUUUCGAACAUCGCUCAGAGGCUGAAGCAGAAAUACAGCAACGCAACAUAUGUUGAUAUAGGCAACCAGGUGAACUCCACUCGAAAGAUAGUCAACUCUCCCAACGAAUUGUUGUAUUUGUCUUAUGGUCCACUGUUUUGUGACACUACCGUUGGGAGGCGCUGCAAGGAUGCCGCAAAUUGCGCAACAUUGUGCUGUGGUAGAGGACCAAUCACUCAAACAGUACUUGUAACUAAACGGUGCCGAUAUAGAUGGGACGAGAGGCAUUAUAAUGUGACUUUUUCGUAUUGCCAGGAAAAUGAAGAGCACUACUAUU